GGGAAGAUAAGGGGGUGUACGACUGUAAAACAACUUAUAACGGUACUGAGUACUUACUACAGAGAUAUACCCUGCGCGUUGUCGGAGAGGUUCAAGCGUCCAACCUGAUAAAACCGAGUAAUAUAGUAACGGUAGACGGAGAGAGCACGUACGGAGGACAGGCUACUCUAUACUGCUCCGGUAUUGGCAAACCAGCACCUCGUAUAUCUUGGAAUAAGAUGGAUGGUUCCAGAGUAGAAACAAGCGAGAAAUUCCUGCUCCAAGACAACAGAAGACGACUUGUGAUUACAAACGUUAACAGUGAUGACGGUACAUCUUACACCUGCUCUGUGACGGUCGGGGGUGCUGGCAAGAAAACUCAGAUUGUUAGCAUGGAUAUAAUUCCCCCGGUCUCAGCUCAGAUUACAUUUGUAGAGCAGCCCAAGUCUCAGAUAAUCUUUACAAACAGAUAUCCUACAUUCUCUCUCAAGUGUUCUAUCAACCUGGCCGAGUUUAUUGGGGUAGAAGGAAGUAUGAUGCCAGUACUUUACUGGUUAAAGAACGGUAACCAGUUGGGCUUCUCUAGUCGGAGAAAGUCCACAACCAGACAAGACUCCGAGACCAAUGUGUUGGAGAGCUCGAUAGAGUUUGUCUCUCCGAAUGAGAGUGAUUUAGGAAUAUAUCAGUGUAUUGCACGAGGCACAACACAACUGAGACAAGUAACAGCUUACGUAAACGUGAGGAGCACUGAGGGGGACUACAAUAUGGAGGUGGUGGAACCUAAAUAUGACUUUAUCAGCGUUCCUAUGACUGUGUCGGCAGCCGAAGAACACUGUAGGUCCUGGAUGACAAACGGUCAUUUAGUGAGUAUUAUGAGCAGAAAAGAGGCGGAUACUGUCACCCGACUUCUCAAACAAGAGAAUAUAGAGCAAGCCUGGAUAGGACUAACUUGUGAACGGUACUCUGGCACCUGGCUCUGGACACAACCUGCCGACGAUUCCAGCAAAUUCAGUUUCUGGGCUGAAGAGAACCCUGAUAACCUGUUACGCGGGUGAAGAGUACGCUAUAAUGGACACAAGUCUGGAGGGUCGGUGGCUGAUGUCCGACUGGCCGAUAAAAAGUAUCCCUUUGUGUGUAAACAGUACACCAAGACGUGUCCUAGUAUUAGAGAGUACUACAGUGGUAAACUUGAACCGCUUAAUAAAGUUGAAAGUAAAGAUACAAGAUAUGGGGUCGGAGAGAGUAUAACUGUAACCUGCGUUGAUCGAACGGUUCAGAUCAAAGAAACUCUAACUUGCACUACGUCGGGGAAAUACUAUCCUGACGAGGGGUUUCGCCUGUCCCGUCUACAGUUCUGCU